UCACUUCAAUCAAUAGCACAUGAUCUAACGCUUGACAUGGCUAAAGAGAAGAUUUAUUGGCGAGUUUCAAACGGAAAUGUUUUUUCUUGUGAUUACUACUCCCAUGAUGUAAUUGAUUUUGGAACUUCAGGAGGUCCCAUGGCAGUAUUUGGGGAUUUUAUUUAUAUCAUAACUAGUGUCGGACGAAGUGUCGUUAGUGUCCAUAACACAACAGAUCAACGUACGAGGCGUAAAUAUUUUCUUCCUGUAAACAACGGUUAUCUUGAUUUGGCUGUAGCUAUACACAGUAUCACUCCUGACUCAAACGCGACAAACACUUUUCGACUUCCUUUAUGUGGACCCAACACUUACUAUCGUAAAAUUAAUGGAUCAUUAUACUGCACGUGUAUGAAAGGAUACUCAGGAGAAUGUAACUCGUGCCAGGUUAGCAACUCUGUUAGACUUCGGGGACCAGAAAGUUCUAUUGGCAAAGGUCGUGUAGAAGUAUUUUACAAUGGAGAAUGGGGAACAAUUUGUGAUGAUGGCUGGGAUAUAAACGAUGCUAAAGUUGUGUGUCGACAACUUGGUUAUGACUAUUAUUUCAGGGCUUUACUAGGAGGUAAUAUUCCUUAUGGCGGUAGAAGAAUAUGGUUGGAUGAUGUUUCUUGUGUAGGAAAUGAAAGUAAUAUUACGAGUUGUUCACAUAGAGGAUGGGGAACCCAUUAUUGUGAUAAAUCUGAAGAUGCUGAGAAAGAUUCGACAUUACCAGAGAAAAUGGGCAGUCCAUUGGCCAACUUUUCCUUGGAGGAAUAUGAAACUCCUUAA